GAUGUACACUUCUGCUAGGCAGAAGUAACAUCUGGCAAUUCAGACAUAGUAAACAUAGGAGUAAAGACUAUUUUCAUGACUAAAUUAACGCAGCUUGUAACGAUGAUAGUGAUUGGUUGACAAAAUUAGUUGCUGGUACUUUCUGCACAUUUAUUUAAAAGUAGACUUAUGAAUGCAGAUAUGAAUUAAUUACUGUUCAUAUAUUCAAUAUUAUAAAACCAUAAAAAUUAUUUAAAAGGUGACUGAAUAUAUUGAAAGGAAAGUGUUAUGAUGACAGGUCCAUAACCGCCGUACAUCAGUCAUAUCUACUCGCGUGAAGCAUCAUUUUGAGGGACGAGUUGGGUGAAUGUGUGAGGCAUGGUCCGUGUAAUAUCUUAUAGAAUACAGUGGAACCUUGGUAUGCAGCCUUAAUUCAUUCCAGAAGGCUGUUCGAGUGCCUCUCUGAGUAUCAAACAAGCUCUUCCCAACCAAUUUUCUGUUUGGUUGGCUGUUAUCACUAAUUGUCGUAGGCCCCAUGGUGACUUAUUUAUACAAAUAAUACAAAAAAAAAAAUGUGAAGAAACACAAAAUAGUUUACAGUGAAGUUUGGCCGAGUGCUGAGCCUUGUUCGAGUAGGGAGCUGGCCGUAUACCGAGGUUCCAUUGUAUUGGUAAUUUAUAUAACUAUUGUUUUAACACAUUGGCUGUCUCCCACUGAGGCAGGGGAACCCAGAAAAAAGAAACACUUUCACAAUCAAUUGCAGUAUCACUCUUUCCAGAAGAGCACAGAUACGUUUGACAGUUCAGAUGUCCUUCCAAACAGCAAAUAUCCCAAACCCCUCCUUUAGAGUGCAGGCACUGUACUUCCCACCUCCAGGACUCAAGUCUGGCUAACCAGUUUCCCUGAAUUCCUUCACAAAAUGUUACCUUGCUCAUACUCCAACAGCUCAUCAAGUUCCAAAACCUAUUUGCUUCUAUUCACUUCUAAUGUGCUCACAUCUGCUGCUGUGAUAAAAGAGAUAAAUGUGUAUUUAUAGCCUAUCUGCUGCUCUCUGCGGUGGUUCAUGUAAUCAGUGACAAAGAUAAUGAAUGAAUGAUUUGUAGCUUGAUCACUCCAUCACAGCCUUGACCACUGACAGUGUCAUGAUGGUACUAAAGACUCUUCCAAGUUCCAAACUUAUCUAACUAACACCAAGCCUUCCCUCAACAUAUAUAAGUGGAAGUGAUGGGAGAACGUUCCACCAAAAAUGCAGACACAACUUUUCCCAAGGCAAUUUACCUGUUGGCAGUUUUUGGUGCCAUAGGUGGCUUUCUCUUUGGCUAUGACACCGGUGUUGUGUCAGGUGCUAUGAUCCUUGUUAGGGAAGAGUUCAAGUUGAGCACAGUAUGGCAUGAAGUUAUUGUUUCUGCUACUAUUGCAGCAGCCUGGCUCUCAGCACUGAUUGCUGGGCCUGCUACAGAUAAGUUUGGUCGUCGCCCUGUGAUUCUGACUGCCAGUGUAGUGUUUGCUGUUGGAGCGGUUGUUAUGGGGGCUGCACAAGACAAGAUAAUGCUUCUGAUUGGUAGAAUUAUUGUUGGUAUUGGCAUUGGUUUUGCUUCAAUGUCCGUACCAGUGUACUUAAGUGAAUCAUCACCAGUGGAGCUACGAGGGCGUAUUACUGUCACCAACACACUGUUCAUCACAGGUGGACAAGCUGUUGCCAGUGUAAUUUGUGGCGCAUUUUCCAGCGUUCCUGAGGGAUGGAGGUACAUGCUGGGUCUUGCUGGGCUGCCAGCUGUAGUACAACUUACAGGCUUUUCUUUCUUACCUGAAAGUCCUCGUUGGCUGGUUGCUCAAGGCAGGAUACAGGAUGCUUACGGAGUGCUACAAAAGCUUCGAUAUGAAGGCGCAGACCUUGACACAGAGUUGAGUGCCAUAAAAGCUGCUGUUUGUGACACCUCUGAUGAAGGAGGAAUAGGACAAAUACUGAAGUCACGACCUGUACGUCAUGCAUUGCUGCUUGGUUGUCUUCUUCAGCUCUUCCAGCAGAUCUCUGGUAUCAAUACUGUCAUGUACUACAGUGCUUCUAUAAUCACAAUGGCAGGUGUAACAGAUAAAACUCUUGCUAUUUGGCUAGCUGCAGCUACAUCAUCAAUGAACUUUCUUGGCACAUUCAUCGGUCUUUAUCUCGUCGAGCGCCUUGGUCGUCGACUGCUAACAUUAGGGUCACUGUUUGGGACACUGGUAUCCUUACUUGUGUUGGCUUUGAGUUUCCAGAUGGCUUACAUCUACAGUCCAACAGUCUCAAUGCCAGAGACUGAUCCAAUCUGCCAGGCUGAGAAUUGUGGUGUGUGUACCAGCAAAUCUGCCUGUGGUUUCUGCUUUCUAGAUGAUGACUUCAACACCACUGACUCUUUCUGUCUUGCUGCUAAUCAUACAUCCUACAAUGAGAUGAGUGUAUCAGGACUGUGUGCAAAUUCUUCACUGCUGGACUCUGGCACCGUGACCUUCGCUUAUGAUUGGUGCCCCUUCGCAUAUGCAUGGGUCUCCUUGAUGGGACUUGCCCUCUACCUCUUAUGUUUCUCUCCAGGUAUGGGACCAAUGCCAUGGACCAUCAAUAGUGAAAUUUACCCUGGGUGGGCUCGAUCAACCUGUGUCAGUAUUACCACAGCUGUCAACUGGGCUUCAAACCUUCUGGUGUCUCUCACUUUUCUCACACUCACAGAAGUUCUACUCAAGCAUGGUGCAUUCUACUUGUACAUGGGGCUUGCUGGACUUGGUUUUAUGAUUUUCUUCCUCCUGCUGCCUGAGACUCGGGGUGUGCCAUUAGAAGAUAUAGGAAAAUUAUUUUCUGGGUCAAUCUUCCAUAUAUCAAGGAGAGUUUAAUUAACAUAUAGACACAACAGCUUUUCUGAAGCUUAUUUCUUAGGGGAUUAAAUUGUGUAAGUUAUGCUUUUCUCUUCAGUAUGAAAACGUAUAAAUAACAUCUCCAUUAUAUUUUCUUACAUUCUUAAAGUUUCAUUAUAUAUUACUGUACCUUUUGACAUUUAGGUACAUAAGAUUUUUAUAUAUUGAGGGCAUGAAAGCUCAUGUCUAAACCAAUUUUAUAUUUCUUCCACAUGGGAAUUACCAUAAUCAAGCUGUUAGUUUUCAUGGCUGUGAUAUUUACAUUGAUAUACUAAGACUGGAAUAACCAAAGAAACUUGAAUUGACACAGACUAGGACAUUGUAUAAAAAUCAUGUGUAAUACACUAUAUCCUGUACAUUAUACAUAAACCCUCAGUUUAAUGAAUUAAUAGGGAGGGGGGAGAUAGGUUGCUGCUAAUGCCAAUUUUCUAUUGAAUGCAAAUGAUAAGAUUGUUUUUUGUAACUAUAAUGGACAAUUCUGAAUUUAACCCGUAAACGAUCCAAACAUAUAUAUAUACGUUUUUUCAACAUUUGAAAGUAUGUAAAAAAAGUAGAUAUUUUUUUUCUUUUUACAUUUGAAAAUGUGUAAAAAACUUUGAUCUACUUUUUUUUUUUAUGUUUGAAAAUAUGUAAAAAAAAACGUAGAUCUACUUUUGGAGCACUACACAUGUGAACGUAGAUCUGCUUGGACCGUUUACGGCUUAAUGAACUUUGCCUACUGUAUACAAAUAUUAUUCUGCCACAGAUUUUUGUCCAUUUGGUCUUAAAUCCAUUAUAUCAGGGGUCCAUUAAGUUGAGGUUUCAAUGUAUUUCUGUGCAAAAUUAAGAUUUUUUUUAAUAUAUUGUGCUUUAAGGUUGUUUAAGAUAAGACAUGUUUGCAAAAAAAGAUAAUUUAUUGAGAAAAUAUUUUCACCUGUUAAGACUUUUAUCAAGUCAUACAGAGGAUACAAAUUGCACAUAUAUGUACAAAUGUGUACUGGCAGGAGAGGAGGUGAGGUGAAGAAUUGUGGGUCUGUAGAGUACCACAGGAAGUAGACUGAACUACCAUGUUGAAAUGCUGGCAGGCUCCUGGAUGAUGUUUAUUCCUGCACAGUUUUAUUUCCAAGAAUGUCCCUGUUAAUAUCAUGUGUGUCAGUGGUUUGGUGUACUGUAUAGGUAUGACAGGCUCCAAGAGAGAUACAGAUAUGUCUGUCACAGUCAUCAUUGUCAUCAACUUAUCCAACAAGGGUAUGUUCACAUAUAUGAAUGAUGGUAACCUACCUGGAAGUAGCUUACUCUUGGAAUCUUUCAUACAUAAAAUUCCCACUUGCCAAGCCACCAGCACAUGCUAUACUACAAGGCCCUUCUUGGCAAUAAAGUUAACACACAAUUUAGAAAAUGGACAGAUUGUCAACAUAAAAUAAUGAUUCCUAACUAGUCAUAAGUUUGCCUGUGAUACUCCAAUAUAGAAACUAUGUAUUGUACCAAAACAAAAGCAUUUACAUUGCUAAACUCACAAACUAGUAUUUGUCACUUAGCAUUUAGUCACUUAGUAUUUAGUCAACUUACUCCACAAUUUGUUAUAAUUUAGGGUUAAGAAUUAAUCUAAGUUUGCCCGAAAUGCCUAGCCAUGCUAGGUGUUCUAGUGGCCCCCUCUGUAAUUAGUAAUUUACUACAUGUAAACCACACAAUAACCAAAAUCUGUAAACCCUGCAUUGUAAUCCUUAUAGAGAAUAAACUUUGAUUUGAUUUGAUAGUUGUCCAGUGUACCUCCUGGAGUAUGUCACUGACCAACAAGUUAUCAUUUUUCAACAAUUUCACCCACCUCACAUCCUACCAGUAUACAGUAGGGCCCCACUUAUACGGCGGGUUAGGUUCCAGGCUGUUGCCGGAAAGCAGACAUCGCCGGAAGGCAGAAUGCCAUUUUUUUCCACUUAUAAAUGCAUAUAAAUGCCAGACAACAAGUUUACACUAAAUUAUAUUAAGUUAGUAAUAGAACUAGGCAUUAAAAACACACAAAGUAAAAUACAUUCACAGUACAUUCAUUACUUAUCUUAAAGUAUUUGUAAUCUUAAUGUAGGGAGAGAGGUGAGUAGUACUUAUUUGUAGGAAGUCAGGUGCAGGUAGCCCAGAUGUAGGUAGCCCUGGCUCCCCAUCUCAUAUUUAAUAUACGAUAUUUAAAACAUCCCAGAGAGAUAAAAUACUCAUACAGUACAUACACUCAUUAUUUACCUUAAAAUAUGUUUUUUUUUUUUUU